AUGUCUCAACAAGGAUACUUGAUGGCGGCAAUGCCAGAUGCCAGCCUGUUCAGUUUCCCCCCUACCAACGAGCCUACGCCUCUGUCACCAGCGCCGGUGGCUGCGUCCAUCAUGCGACCCUUCAACAUCCCCGACAGCAUUUACCAAGCAGCCCUUGACCCCAAGGUGCCUCUCACCAUUGCGGCUCUGUACGCUGUGACCGCCAAAGCUCUGAACAAGUUCAAUGCCUCCCGCAACAAGAAGGCUUGGGCUAUGAGCAAGACCAAGCCGUUCUUCGCCUUCGUUGUCUUGCACAAUGUCUUCCUGGCCGUUUACUCAGCGUGGACUUUCUGGGGUAUGCUGGGCGGCAUGCGACGCAGCAUCGCGAGCCCGUUUGGACCUGGUGGCGUUGCCGCUACGGCUGACAGCCUCUGUCGCAUUCAUGGACCUCCCGGCCUCGGCGGCUCUUUGUACUUCAACGAUACCUCUUCUCACUGGGACAGCGCCGACCCCAAUGCUCUCCUGGGCAGCUUGAGCGGCGAUCAACCCAGCAGCACUCAGAUGGGACGUAUCUGGAACGAGGGCCUCAACUACUACGGCUGGAUCUUCUACCUCAGCAAGUUCUACGAAGUCUUGGACACUUUCAUCAUCCUCGCCAAGGGCAAGUUUAGCUCUACACUACAAACGUACCACCAUGCCGGUGCCAUGCUUUGCAUGUGGGCUGGCAUGCGCUACAUGUCCGCUCCUAUCUGGGUGUUCGUCUUGGUCAACUCGUUCAUCCACGCUCUGAUGUACACCUACUACACCCUGACGGCUUUCUCGAUCAAGGUUCCCAUGGUCGUCAAGCGAACACUGACGACUAUGCAAAUCACCCAGUUCGUCACUGGAGCCUCGUAUGCCAUUGUGCACUCUUUCAUCACCUACGUUGCUCCCAUCACCGUCACCAAGCUGUCUACCCAGUCUGUUGAUCUGCCAGCCGCUCCCGCCGAUUCCACCAUGCCCACUGCCACCGGUGCCUUGGACUCGUUUAAGCAGUUUCUCUUUGGCUCUGCUGCUCUGGACUCUGUUGCGUCUGGUGUCGCCAAGGAAUCUGCUCUCAUCACCGAGACUUCCUACGUGGCCCAGCCUUGUAUUCCUACUGCCAACGAGACUUUUGCCAUCUGGCUCAACGUCCUGUACCUUGCUCCCCUGACGUACCUCUUUGUCAGCUUCUUCAUUGCCAGCUACGUCAAGCGCAGCACCGCAAACAACAAGAUUCCUGGAAAGACCAACCGCCGCCUCAGCAAUGUCACUCUCGCCGAGAAGGCAGGAUGGGAUGCGGCCCGCGGUAUCGAGAGAGAAGUCUACGGUGGCGAGAACAUGGUCAAUGGCCAUGCCAAUGGCCAUAUCGAGGCCAUCGAGGAGGAAGACGAGACCGUGUCAAAGCCGGCAAAUGGUCGUGCUAGACGACGGGGUUAA